ACUCAGAAGCCUCUCUGGUUAGAGGAACACACACAGGCCAAGAUUGUGGCACUUCCAUUAUCUACCUGGCAUCAUGCAUCUAACCCCUGGAGGAGCACCUGACUGGUGUCCAGACCCCAGAGUCCUCAAGGUGACAGUUGGCGGGCACUGUGUUCAUCGGGAGCCGAAAGCCAAAGUCAGCAAAGGAUCUAGGAGGUCACUGGUUUUAUUGGAUUUUCUGUGCCUCUGUGUCGUCUCCAUCCCCUUCUUGAUUUGUGAGCUGGGAUUAGUUGCUCCGGUCCAUCGUGGUUUUUUCUGUGAUGAUGUCAGCAUACGGUUCCCAGCAACCCGAGAGGAAACUAUCAGCGACACCAUGCUAAUCAGCCUGGGUAUCCUCAUCACUGGGGUUACGAUUGUACUUGGAGAAUGUCACCGGGUCAGCAGACAGCGGAGAUCAGAUUCCCGUCCCAGAGAAGGCUACCUGUCCAGCAUCUACCGCCAGGUGCUUCCCUUCCUAUUUGGUUCUGCUCUUGGACAGUCGCUGACUAAUGCAGCCAAGCUGAGUGCAGGUCGUCUCAGGCCAAACUUCCUCUCUGUGUGUCAGCCAGAAGGUCUCAACUGUACUACAAACUAUGUGGAGGACUACACUUGUACAGGAAACCCAAGUGCCGUGACAGAGGCCAGGAAAUCGUUUUAUUCGGGCCACGCGUCUUUUGCGAUGUACUCCAUGUUGUACCUCUCGUUUUACUUGCAGGUGCGGUUCACCUGGCGAGGGGCUCGGCUCUUGCGUCCUCUUGUCCAGUUUGUCUUGAUCCUUGUGGCCUUGUAUACAGGAUUCACUCGGAUAUCUGACUACAGACACCAUCCAUCUGAUGUAGCUGUUGGGUUCCUGCAGGGGGCGCUGGUCGCUUACUGGGUGGCCUUUUACAUUUCCGACAUGUUUCGGCCAAAAAGCUUACAGUCGGUUUCCAUCCUGCCACGGCCUGACAGCCCAGAGACAUUCACCAAUUGUUAGGUGCCACGUUGAAUUCUAGAUAAAAAGAGACAAAGCAAGUUAUAGAGAGACGUCCCUGUGGGAUGUGUAAAGGACAGGACUCCACAGACCUGGACUGUGCCCAUUAUCCUGUUAAACUGCGAGUUCUGUGGAACGUCUGAACUGUCAGUAAGGAGGUGACCCUAGGACCUUCGGAUGCCUACGGAAAGAACAGAAGAACAUGAAAAUGCCAGAUUAUGAAAUAUUCUGGAUUAUUGGAAUGACAGAUAAAUCAACAACAUUUGCCGCAACACCUCACCAUGCUGCCAUCUUCUCAACCAUCAAUCAUAGUUUGGAAUAUUUUUAUCUAUUACAGAUUACAAUUUGGGGUUUCGGCACUUUUUGCUGGACUCUUCGACGUAUCGAAGUAUGGGUUUUCAUAAAGAGAAAACAACUUCUUUUUAUGUAGAAUUCUCUUUUUCAACUUCUGGUAAGGCAGGUAGCACAAUAAUAUGGUCCAAUACUUAGUCAUAUUGGACACUAAAAGACCAAGGAGCAAAAGGUCAGGAGCUAGUGCCUCAAAUUAAAGGACAUAAUUCCAGGAGAAUCUGCUCUUUAGUGUACAUCAAUUCUUACAGGUUGAUAAUUCACAUAUUUUGCUACUAAAGACUAAGUAUCAGUGGCUAGAGCCCCAUGUCAUGGGAUAGAUUAAAAAAAAAAAAAAAAACAGUUGACCAACGUCAAGUUAAUGAAACCUCAUCCAUGAGAAAUUAUGUGUUUAUUUUUACAUAUUGCAUUGAAAAUGAUCAGUUGCUAGUGCCUCAUGUCAUGAGUGAUUUCUGAUGUCUCAGGACAGAGGAAUGUGAUUGUACAAUUGACUAAAGACAAGUAUGUAAGAGAUUUCCACAUUAAUAGAAGAUGGUCUCCUAUGAAGACCUUUUUUAAGGGAAUGUUGAGUAGACAAAACUAAAGACACCUUAGAAAUGUGAAGCAAUAUGCUAUUUUUGUUACAUUGUGCUCCAAAAGAUCAGUAGCUAGUGCCUCAGUGACAAGAGAGAGACUUCCAAAGUGGAAAAAGUUUGCCUAACAAUAUUUUAGUAUCCAUUCAGUGUUAAACUAAAGACACCUUAAAAGUAUGUCAGAAUACCCUACAUAAGGUGCUACAAAGGAUAUGAAGCCAUAAGAUCAGGAACAAGUGACUCAAGUCAUGGGAGAUAUUUCCACAUAAAUCGAAGUUGGUCUUCUUUGACAGAGCAUCUUUUAAGUAAAUGUAUAGUAAGCUAAUGAAAGUUUGCCAUAUUGUAUUCCUAAAGAUCAGUAGCCAGUGCCCUGUGCCAUGAGACUAUCAAAAAGGAAACUGUAUUGUAAUUGUAUUCUAAACUAAAAGUAUAAUAUCUUAUAUUGUAUUAUGUACAUUUUGUACUUCAAAAAUCAGGAGCGAGUGACUAGUUUCAUGGAUGAGACUUCAACAUAAUUAAACUUCGAGGGCAGAUGUAAGUGUACCUUAAACUGAGGAUACCUUGCAAGUAUAACAUAAUACCUUAGAUAUUGUGCUCCAAAAGAUCAGGAGCAGGUGACUCUUGUCAUGGCAGAGACGAUCAUAUAGGUGAAGGCAAUCACCAGUGACAGAAUGUUACCAAUUUCAAACUACUGAGAAAGAGAGCUAAGUGAAGAAUCUGAAUGUACUGCCCAUCGUUUGGAUGGCGCUCUUUUACGGACUUGUAUGGACUUAUCUCCAACCGCUGGACGAUUGGGGUCAUUAAUAAUGAUGUUUAUAUAUUAAGAGCUUUUCUGUUCCUGUAUUAAAAGUUCUAUAUCAAUA